CAGGCUGAGAAGCGUUGGAGGGGGUGGCACAAGCGGCGCCCCUCGCAGUCACAGUAUACGCCCCAGCUUGAGUGGGAGGCGCACGUCGUCGAGUACGUCAACUGGGCGUACCAAUUGACGAAGUCGAACAGCGGGCCGCCAAAACCACUGAAAGCGGAGGUACCACUCCUCGGCCCUCGCUUCCUUCCCCCGACCUACCUCCACUGCUCCCGACGCAAUUCAAUAGCGGAUAUACAGCCGGAGACGUCGUAUAUGAGGCCACUUACUAUCAUUCAUCCGCUCUACUUUGAAGAAUUAGCCAAGUGUCCCCGA